GAUUUAUUUUCCUUGACUAUAAAGAUGUCCAUCCUCACCUUAACACAGAAUCUCUCACUUUGUUUCUUCUUGCCCUCUCUAUUGUUCCCAAAAUCCCCUGUUCCCUGUGUGCCUCGAUAUCCAAGUUGCUGCUGUAUCUGAAGCCUUUCAACCCAUUUCCGUUUCUUGUUCUCGCAUUUGAGGUAGCCUCUCUUCAUCUCAUUCAUCAUGGACAGAGAAUUGCCUGUGGACAUCAGCGGAGAAGCUGCACCUUCUUCUUUCGAAGCCCAGCAUAGUUUCGGCCUCCAUUACCAGACCCCCCAUUUUCUGCCUGUCCGCAUCAAAGUCUCAGAUGAGGCAAACGAGCCCAAUGAGCCUGAGGAUUUCUACGGGGUUCGUAUUGACCAAACCGACGAAGAACGGAUCGAACAGAUGCUCUCCGAAGCGAUGAACACGCCUCUUGACACCCCCGUUCCCGACGAGCACGACAGCUCCCAGGACCAUGACAGUAGCCCUAGUCGUAAUUUCGACACUACCAACUGCAACAUCGAUCGUCCUGACACUCCCCAGUCCACGGCCUCGACUAUCACGGAACCGUUCCCGGACUAUUACGAAUCCUGCGAAGCGAACGUACCGCCUGCGGCUGACAGGGCCCAAGAAGAAGAAGAAGAAGAAGCAUACAACUACGCCAUCUCCAAGGUUGUCGACGAGGUUAUUCGUUUCGGCGAUGUCGACAAAAGCAUCUACUUUCUGCCCUUUUCCCUUGACACCUGUGAAUCGCCGACGACUGUGAAGGGGAUCGAGCCCGUUCCCCCGGCAGUUUAUGAGCAUGUGGGCCACGAUGGCAGGUUCACGGAGAUGGAGGCUCGCAAGAUGCAUCUAUGCGACCAGAUCCAGUACAUUUUGCUCAAAUCCGACAUCAAGUUUUCCCUGCGCAAGCGGUUCACGGCGCUCACCAACAUGAUCAUCGAAAUGGAAUACGUGUUCUGGCGCGGCAAGGGAUUCCCUCGGGACUUUCUGCCGUUCCUGACGCCCGAGGAGCUUUUCAAGGUCAAGGGCUUCGCUAUUGAAAUCGUUCUGUAUGCUUGUCGUCUGGGAUCGAUCCUCCACGAGGAGGCGAGGAACGCCAAUCGCGUGCGGCACCUGGUUGCGGAAAUCGCAAACGAGAAGGACAAGUCUGUGUUGAUUCGGUUCAGGAAUAUGUCUCAGAUUAUUCUUCAGCACUCAUUUAGUAACCUCACCAAACCGCGGUCCAUGGAACAGCAUCUCCUGGAAGUGUUUUACGAAAUCUACACUCGCUACUUCUAUCAUGAUUUCAUGGUCUUCUUCAACCAUUACAUCCAGCAGGCUGACUACAUUAUCCCCGAAUUGGCGGAUCUCCACCGCAUAUCGGUUGCGACUGAGGACAUCCUUCGCCAGGGCAUUUACGACUACAACGCUGUUGCGGCGGUCAACCUGGACAUUAAGGAUCGUUUUCUGCAGCCGGCGUUCGCUCAGUUAUCCGAGGGUCCUGCGAUCUGGCAGCAGUGCGUUAUGGAGCGUCAGUGUUUGGAUGAGUCCGCGGAGGCGGCUCCUGAAGAUGAGCAUCAUCAGCGUGAAUGAUUGGAGUUUUAUUGGGAUAUCUGAUUGAAUAAGUGCAGGUGGCAUACAUGUGGAUGAUGAGGGGGGAAGAGAGAGAGAGAGAGAGAGAGAGAGAGAGGAAGGAAGGACUCGAGGUUCAAGGUACAAUGAUAGUACUAGUCAUGGUUGACGAGAUGUAUGAAACGAGACGAAUAUCUAC